AGGCGCAGGGCGGCUGGAGCGAGGAGGCGGUGGAUCACUUCCUGAGGUGGCGGCGCAUCGGAGCGAGGGACGGGGCGGCCAUCAGGUGGUUCCACGCCGCCAACGGCAAGGCCCGAGCCGGGGAGGCCGCGAGAAGUGAUGUUCACAUGAUAGAAGCAGAUGUCCUUCUUCGUGGUGGCAAGGGAGGUAAUGGAGACCCUAUCAUGGCUCACCCACCUGAAACAGACAGUGACAACACAUUGCAGGAAUGGCUAAAAGAGAUUGUCAACACAGAUAAAGGCGUCAAGCUGGAUUUUAAGAGUCUAGAAGCCGUACGGCCUUCCUUGGAGCUUCUUGAACAUGUGAAGCAGCAUUUGAGGCGACCCGUUUGGAUCAAUGCGGACAUCCUACCAGGACCUAAUGGAAAUAAUGCUGUAGUGGAUGCAAAAGGGUUCCUUGACACUGUCUCUUCGUUUUUCCCAACUGUAACCUUAUCGCUGGGAUGGACAACUGGCUGGCACCCUGACAAACAUAAUAAAGGCUAUGAUUGGAUGAUGGUGAAAGAAAUGGCUCAGAUAUGCAAUAGACUUUCCCAGCCUGUAACUUUCCCUGUAAGAGCAGCAUUAGUACGACAGUCAAUAUCUCAGCUGCGUUGGUUAAUGCAACAGUCGGAUAGAUACAGCCUCACUGUUUGGACAGGAAAGGAAGAUCUGUAUUCUGUAGAAGAUUUGCUUUACAUCCGAGAAAACUUUGAUAAAAGUAGGGUUUAUUAUGACAUCUUAGAGCCACAGAAUUCUGAAUUCAAAAAAGCCAUAGGAGUAGAAUAGUAAAUACAAAGCAGGCAAACUCUGACCUUAUAAUACUUAGCCUCGUUAAACAUGAAGAUUUCUUGUUCAGGGAAAUGUAUUUUCCUUCCCGAAAAAAAUGUGUAAAAUGCAGCCAUGGUCACUGGAGGUGUUUUUGUAUAACACUUUAUUGAAUGGCUUCUCAAAUAGAAAUUUAAUGCCUUCUUUAAUAGGUCAGAAUUGUUACUUACUCGUAAUAGGCAUGUUCCCUCUCAUUCACCCAGUGGUGUGUAGUAAAGGCUACUCACGUUACUUAAAUACACUGGUACUUCUUCCCUGCAAGCAUAUAAAGGGGAGAAUGGCCCCAGGUGAUAGUUGUGGACCAAGGUACUUUGCUACUAUCUGCUUUUGCAUAAGACAAAAUCUACAGGACACUCAGUCUCUACCAAAGCCUGUUUUCGGUUUUUAUAGGGGAGGGCAAGAGUCAAGACUGUAUUAAAUACAGAACUAUGCAGUUCCGAAAGGGGUUAUUUUGUAGCUCAUCUUGAUACACUCCAUUUUUAAUGCCACUGCAAUUGAUAAUGUUCUCACUCCUGGCUAACAGAAGAUUCUGUUUGCUGAAUGUGGAGAGUAGGAUCUGUAAUGCUGCACAUUCCAGGGAGAAAGAAUGGGGUUUUUUUCUGAAUUAUAACCGAUCAGGUUCUCUGUAACCUGGUGAUUGUGCGUUCCACACCAUGGCUUGCCUCUGUGCUUUCUGAGCCAUCAGCAGCAUAGUCCUUGGAUUGUGAGAAGGCUGAGUUGCAGUUGUAGCUGCACUGUAGGAGGUGCUGGGGCAAACAGAGCCCCCAAAAUGAAGAAUAAUCCUGUCCUGUACCUAGAGCACAAAGAUGGAUUACAGUGAGGCAUACAUCAGACAGCAUCAAAAGAGCUAUAGUGUUCCAUAAAAGAGAAGUGCUGGUGAUUUUUUCAAGAGUUUGAAACUAAAUUUUAAGUAUAACAGGAGUUAGGUAAAACAUUCAGCUGCAGUCUUUCUGAAAGCUAGAGGCUCUAAGAAUGAAAUAGCUGUACAGUGAUUAGUGCUUACAGCAAAAAUUAUACAUUUCCUUGUUAGCAGUUAUUUUCUACGUUCUUCUAGUUUGUGCACCUUUUUAAUUCUCAGAAUACAAUUUCACAAAUUUUCAAAAGUAGAACUUCCCUUUGAGAAAAACUAAAAUCAUUGCAACCCUGCUUAUCACCCUGCAGGAAGAGUCUGACCUGUUUCAUUUGAAGCAUUUUGUGCUUCUUCUGCUUCUACAUCCCUUAAAAUUAAUACAGAUACUGACAUCUGUGCAGAUUGAGACACAAGCUGUGUGUUCUUGCCUUCUGCCAAACAGUACAAAGGCUUUUUUUCACAGUGACAGAGGAGAUUCUGAUUUCUAAAUGAAAGCUGAUUCUAGGAAGAGACUUGUUCUCCUUUUCCCACUCUUCUCACAUGCUUCCUGCAGGAAUUGUGUUAACUUUGAUGUUUUACACAACGCUGGACAGGCUGUU